GUAAGAGCAGUCACCACCAUGCGGAAUGGAGGUGUCAUAGUAGAACUGGACUCUGAAGAACUGGCUGAAUGGCUCCGAGGACCAUCUGGUCGCACCCUACUCGAAGAACAAUUCGAAUCAACAAUAUUGUUCCGCUCUCGCACUUUCGCCUUAGUACUAGAAUACUUAUCAAUUCGUUUACAGAUUGAAUAUAUUGACUUCCUUCGUCAUGUAGAAGCCGAAAAUAAUCUACCGGCCGGCUCCCUAACCUCCAUUCGGUGGAUCAAA